AUGUCCACCUCUUCGGGGGCCCCGGAGUCUUGGAUAUCUUCCUUCUGUUCUCUACUCGGCCACGAGUACUUCGCUGAGGUGUCUGAGGAGUUCAUCGAAGAUGAUUUUAAUCUUACGGGUCUUCAGAACCAAGUCGCUAUGUACAAGGAAGCGCUUGAGAUGAUCCUCGAUGUGGAACCCGAGGAGGAUGAGGAUGAUGAGGAAGAGGAAGAGGAAGACGAGGAAGAUAACGACUCGGGGGAUCAAGAUCGUCUUGGGCCCAGGCAUGACCGGAGACAACACAGCCGGAUGGCCAGUGACCUCAGUGUUAUUGAGUCCUCAUCUGAGAUGCUUUACGGUCUGAUCCACCAGCGCUUCAUCUGCUCGAGAGCAGGAAUACAGCAAAUGAGCGAGAAGUACGAGUUGGGACACUUUGGUUGCUGCCCCCGCACGAACUGUGACCAAGCAAGGACACUUCCCGUUGGUUUAUCUGACAUACCAGGCGAGGACACAGUCAAGCUGUUUUGCCCUUCUUGUCUUGACGUCUAUGUUCCUCCCAACAGUCGCUUUCAGACUGUAGACGGAGCCUUUUUCGGACGCACCUUUGGCGCCCUCUUUCUUCUUACGUUUCCUGAAUACGACCUGACUAAGCGUGGUGCUGAAGUCCUCAGCAGUGGGGGUGCGCGCAUCAACGACGACUCCCUUGAGAUGAUAAACGGCAUGUACUCCAAGAACAUUGCGCCAGGACUGGGCGCGGGUCGGAUAUACGAGCCUCGGAUUUAUGGGUUCCGCGUCUCAGAGAUAGCGAAAUCAGGACCUCGAAUGCAGUGGCUUAGAGACCGACCAGAUGAUAUGACGGAGCUGGAUGAGGCACGUAUUUACGCGGAAGAGCAUCCGGAUUCGGAUGAAGAGGACGAAAACAUGAACGGUAACGGGCGGCCGGCACCUCGACGACGCACACUCCGAGGCAACGCACGUCUUCGUCAACAGAGACAAACACAGAACGGAAGUCCGAUGAACGUAGAGACGAACGGUGCCGAGUCAGAACUUUGA